UGGGGGUCCCAGGGGAAGGAGUGCAGCAUGGGCAGCUCCCAGGGUGGCUCCCUACAGCGUGGGCCAUCUGCUCCCUUCCCAAGGCCCUGAGUUUUCAGCCUCUGGGCUCACGAAGGUCAGAAGUGGGAGCUGUGCUGUGGGAAGCUGCCUGGACCGCACUCGGCAAGGAUGGCGCUGCUGAAGGUCAAAUUCGACCAGAUGAAGCGGGUGAAAUUGGCCCAAGGGCUCUGGCUCAUGAACUGGCUCUCGGUGUUGGCUGGCAUCGUCAUCUUCAGCCUAGGGCUGUUCCUUAAGAUCGAACUGAGGAAGAGGAGUGAAGUGAUGAAUAAUUCAGAGAGCCAUUUUGUGCCCAACUCCUUGAUAGGGAUGGGGAUGCUGUCCUGUGUCUUCAACUCUCUGGCAGGCAAGAUCUGCUAUGACGCCCUGGACCCUGCCAAGUACGCCAAGUGGAAGCCCUGGCUGAAGCCGUACUUGGCUGUCUGUGUCCUCUUCAACAUUGCCCUCUUGCUGGUGACCCUCUGCUGCUUCCUCAUGCGGGGCUCCCUGGAGAGCACCCUGGCCCACGGGCUCAAGAACGGCAUGAAGUACUACCGAGACACAGAUACCCCUGGCAGGUGUUUCAUGAAGAAGACCAUCGACAUGCUGCAGAUUGAGUUCAAAUGCUGUGGCAACAAUGGCUUUCGAGACUGGUUUGAGAUUCAGUGGAUCAGCAAUCGCUACCUGGACUUCUCCUCCAAAGAAGUCAAAGAUCGCAUCAAGAGCAAUGUGGAUGGGCGAUACCUGGUGGAUGGCGUUCCCUUCAGCUGCUGCAACCCCAGCUCACCACGGCCCUGCAUUCAGUACCAGCUCACCAACAACUCAGCACAUUACAGCUACGACCACCAGACGGAGGAGCUGAACCUGUGGGUGAAUGGCUGCAGGGCCGCCCUGCUGAACUACUACAGCAGCCUCAUGAACUCCAUGGGUGCUGUCACCCUCCUUGUCUGGCUCUUUGAGGUGACCAUCACGAUUGGCCUGCGCUACCUACACACAGCACUGGAAAGUGUGUCGAACCCGGAAGACCCUGAGUGUGAGAGUGAGGGCUGGCUUCUGGAAAAGAGUGUGUCGGAGACUUGGAAGGCCUUUUUGGAGAGUCUGAAAAAGUUGGGCAAGAGUAACCAGGUGGAAGCUGAGGGUGCGGAUGUGGGUCAGGCCCCAGAGGCUGGCUGAUGGCCCUGGGGCGCCCUCCCCUCCUGAACACGGAGAAGUAGCGGACUCCAAAAAGUGGAUACACCCCCAUCCAAUCUGAAUCUCCCAAGGAGGAUGGCCAUUUUACAGAGACUCUUCUGGAUGGUGGGAUUUAAAAAGUUUAGGAUCCCUAAAAGCAUUUGGCAAACAUUUGUUGAAUGACCUAAAAAUGAACGAACCCCUACUCAGGCCCACUACUUUUGGAUAUGCCCUCACGGUGGACUCAGGGGACCUCUCAGUGGAUCACUCUUCAUAGCACAUGAAUUCAGUUCCACCCUGAAGCUACUAGCCACACAUGAGGGCAGCUCCCCCUUAAAGUGUAUGCCAUUACGAGCUCCAAGUUGCUUCAUUCUGUAUCCAAAGCGUCGCUCGGUGCACAAGCAGAGAAGUCUAAAAAAUGUCCUGGCCCUGUUGUCAUCUUUUUUUUUUUUUUUUUUUAAUGCCAAGAUCGACAGGUCAGCCAUUUUAUUUGUGUAAUUGUGGAAGGAGGGGGCAUUAUACUUUUCUAAGAGUAAUGCACUCUCAAAGCACUGAGGGCUUCACAAGAGGAAGUCUUCAAUCAUGGGGCAAAAUAACCUAAAGACAGGAGAUUACUUUCCUCACCAAAAACACAGUUAAAGGCUACUUUUGUGUCACAGUCCCAUGCCCUCACUUAGCCUGGAGUGAGCCAUGGGCUGAGGAAGUCAGGUUAUUUGCAUGUUCUGGCAACAUCUCACCCCUCAAGUGCCAGCUGACCUCCUUUGGCUUGUCUGCGGAAGCAUUGGGUUAGGUGGCUGCCCUUUACUGGAAGAGGAGCAACAAUCAGAUAAGAGUUCAUCCUUUGGAGACCAGGCCUCACCUCUUGAGGGGCCCAGGAACACCCACACAUGUGGCCAUGACAGCUUCCAUGGACCACACGAAUGGUCUACA